AGUAUUUCAUUCUCUCGUCAACCUAAACUUUCUACAGACCCGCUUGACGUUGAAGUUUUACUAGCCACAUAUCCGGCAUUCACCACCAGUCCUGAUUUGCUGGGAGAGCUCAAGAGGAUUUAUGAGCGAAUGCCUCCGGGUCACGAUGUUGGUAUGGAAGUUCGAAGACGAAUCCUGCACGUCAUGCGUCAGUGGGUAUCUGGCGAGUUUUGGGAUCCCAUCCUGGGUUCCGAGCUGCAGAACUUUCUGUACAACCAACAAGCCGUGGACCUCGGCCUGCGAGUGAACGAGGAUGUCGCCUUUAUGUUCCGGAAGUUGAGCGAGCCAUUACAUCCGAACGAUGAUCAACUCGAUGGAAGCAGCCUGUUCAACUUCGGGAGUGGAGUACCGCCCCCAAGCGGUAGCAGAAAAGGGUUUUUCAAUCGCACCGCCUCACGGACCCUUUCUCAUGGAUCCCUACUGAAGAUGAAAAGACAUGACUUAAUCGAAAUUGCGCGUGUAUUGGAGGCAAUGGAGGAGGAACAUCGCGCUCGACUUAACAUUCCCCGGAUUACAAAAUGGUUGUUGUGGAAACGUGGGCCUGGGUUACACUCUAAUCGACCUUUCUCUCCCAUGUCCGAUAAUCUAGCGAAAUGGGUUAUCGGUUCAUGCUUACAGGGGGACAUCACCCAGAGAGCUAACUCCUUCAAAAUGAUCCUCGACAUCGCUGAGAAUUGUAGAGAAAACGGGAACUUGGCGUCAAUGGAAGAUAUUUUAUUCGGCCUAAAAGCCAUCAGUGCAUUGAAAUGGACGAAGCGCCUGGCAGGGGAUGCUGACGACAGGAUCGCCAGGCUGAUGCAAUCUUUGAACCCCAGACUUCCUCAUCGAUUGUACCCACUAAGUAGGUGCAACUGACUCUGAGAUAGGGCGACACAUCAAUAAUGCUUGUCGU